AUGGUCAGCGUCGCGGUCGCGUUGCGUUUUCGAAAGUUUGGGAGGAAUACCCUCUUUUUGAAGGGAUAAAUUCAAUGAAAACCUUGAUCAAGUUUCAUUUUCUGUUAGAAGAGGUCUUUAACAAAAAAAACUAAUUUUUCUUCUCAAAAGACCGCAUAAAGAAUGGCUAACCGCAACGCGGUCGCAAAGCCUCUCUUGAACUUGAAAUUCUUCAGAUUUCUAAAGCAAUUUACACCACAAACCACCAUUUUUAUGAACACCUUUAUUGCCCAUCAAUGUCACCAUAUCCAUUUAUAGCUCCGCUAUCAUUAUAUCAUUAAAAUUAUCAUCUUAACCCUGCAACUGGACGAUUCCGGACCAACUUGGCGCCGAAAUCGACGACUUUUAUUUAUCAGCACACAGUUGUGACGUCAACAACGUUGCGAAUUGAUUGUUUGCCGGGAUUUUUUUCUCUUUCUCGCUUUAUUUAUGACUACAUUUUCUAUAGUUCAUUUCGAAUUAUAUAUAUCUUUUCUUUUUGAAUUUUAUAUGGCUUGAAAAGAAUAAUUGCAUAACGAUGCUAGUGAUUUUUCUAUGAUAAAACGUGUUUUUAAAGCAUUUUAAUUGUAAACAAAAAAACUUGAAAUGUUAAAAAAAUUGAGCUGGAAUUCUGGUUUUGUUUGUAAAAUUUAUUUUUGCGCGUCAGGGCGUGUAGAGACUGCGACAAUGCGUCGCUCUGUCGUGAAAAAAAUUAGUUUUUUUAUGCGAAAAAAAUUGAAAAUUUUUGAAUGAGGUUUUUUUGUUUUUGGUUUAAUUUCUGAACUGAUUUAUUUUUCUCAUAAGUAAUUCAAUGAACUUCAUUUUUUUGAUGAUUAACAGAAACAUUGAUCAAAAAAAGAGUUUUUCUUUUUUUCAAACAAAAGUUUUUUUUUAAUUGAAGCAUAUUUCUAUUUUUUAUUAUUAGAAAUGAAUGGAGUUUUUCCACAAUGGUCUUGUAAAUUUUUCUCAAAAGAAAAAGAAAAAAAGAGAAGGACGAUACUAUUUUUUUCAUAUUUCCUUCUAAAUUUAAUCUUUUUUUCAGGUGGAAAAAAAUUGAAAUGACAGUGCCGGAGAUUGUUGACCCCACCUGGCUCGUCAAGCACUUCUACGUAAUUUUUAAAAAACAAAAAAACGGAAAAAAUUGACUUUUUUCAAGGACGUGAAGUUGAUCGAUGCGACGUACACGUUGAAGCCGCAAUUGAACCCCGAAGACUUCAAAGAGAAAUAUUUCGGGAAAUUCGAGCAGCUUAUCAACGAUUUCGUGAGAUUUUCAUUAGAUUGUAUAGGCUGUUCAGAUUUCGAAUCUCGAAUCAAGCUACGCCCCUUACGACGUAAUAAACCAAUUAGAGAGCGGGCUAUCCACAGAGCGUUUUUGAAUGACGUCAUUGUACUUGACAUUUGGAGUCUGAAGAGACUUUUGAGCUUAAAAAAGCAGAAGCGAGAGAUCAGAAAUGGGCGGAGAGACGGCAGAGAAGCUAGAGUGUCUCUCUUUCUCUGGCGUCUCUUCAGUCUCCCUCUCUCGCUUCUGCUGUUUUACAUAGAUUUUUUAACAAUGUAGCAUGAAAAUCAAUAUUUAUUUUAGAAAAACGAAGAAUACCAGAAGGAACACAUCACAGGGGCCGUCAAUUUCAAUGCCGAUAUCGCGUUUUAUCCUUCAAAGUUUGUAUUCAAAAAUAUAAAGAUUUUUUUGUCUUCGAAAAAAAUCAUAUAGUUGUUCAACGGUCUUUUCCUAGUACAAAAACUUUUUUUAAUUUUUCAAAAAAAGGUGAAAAAAAUUAAUAAUUUUAUGAUCAGAAUUUUGAAAACCUCGUCGAUUUUUUUGAGUAGGUUAGGCAAUUUUUUUAAGAUUAAACAUUUUGAAAAGUUGCUCUUUUAGUCCUUUUUUUCUCAGCUAAUAAAAGCUGGAUAACUUUUUUUGAAAAAAAUAGUCUUUCCAGAAACGUCAAGUUCGCGCUGUAUGAGCCACGACUGUUUGAGCAAUACGUCCAACUUUUGGGCGUUAAGCGGGACGACCACGUCCUGAUUUACGCCCGAGGGCCAGUCGCCGGGAUGCUUUUUGCUUCUCGAGCUUACUGGACUUUCAAGGUAAUUUUUUUUUUCGAAUGAAGGAGUGUUUAUUGAGCAAAUAGUGUGUAAAAAGAACUUAGGAACUCCAUUUUGGUCCCUAUAGGGGCAACCCUGAGGGCCUUUGAAGGUCCCCCUCUAGGGACCACUUUACCUCCCUCUUAGAGGGGCACUAAGGAUUGCAAAAAGGUUUCUAAAGGGGUUUUAGUUAGUGGCGUUAACCAGUCUGAAAAAAAAAAUUGAAGAAUCCCUAUAGGGACCCCUUAAGCUUUAGAGGCUAGAUAAACAGGUCCUAAACCCCUAGAGGGACCACCUUAACUUUACCCCUUUGAGGAGCACUUUUUCCCUUUUUUUAAGGGCAGUUUUUCUUUUGUCACCCCUAUAGGGGCCGCUCUGGCGUUCCUAAAAAGGUUUUUCUGUAGUAUUUCAUGUCACAAGUUAGCCUUGAAAAUUAAUAUUUUUUUAGAUAUACGGAUUUGAAAACGUUAGUGUAUUGAACGGAGGUCUUGAAGCCUGGAAAGCCAUCGGAGGGGCUGUUAAAAGUGGCGAGGAAAAACCUCAGGUUGGUUUUUUUUUUGAGAUGUUUGAAAAUGAUUUUCAACCUUCAAAUCUUGUUUUGAGGCGUUCGAUUCAGCUAUAAAGCCUUGUAGGUUAAAUUCAUUGAACUAAAUGGACUUACAACUUGAACUCGGACCUUGCUGACGCAAAUCGGACGUGUCGGGGUAGUCCUAGUGACCACUUUAGUAACGUCAACACUAUUAAGUGAUCCCUAAAGAUGCUAAGAUACGUCCGGUUUUUCGUUACCAAGGUCCGAGAAGAGAAAAAAAGAAAAAGUAAAUAUUAAUUUUUUUCCUCCAACUUAGUUUCGAAAUAAAUAUUCUCAAUAAAAAUCAUUAGACUACCGAUUUUUGAAUGAAAAAGUAUCGACUGGGGAUAAAACGAUCAAAUUAAAUAUUUUAAGUUUCAAAUUGAUGCAAAAAUUGGUAGACUACUGUAGGGGCUACUUGUUUUAACCCUAAAGGGAUCCCCCUUAAGUUUUUGAGUGAGAUCAGACCAUCAUCUAUAUAAUAUUAUUUAUUUACAGGCAGAACAAAAUAAAAUGUACAAGAAAAAAAAGAAGGAAAAAAAUCGGCAUUUGAGCCUGAGAUAAAUAAAUAAAAUCUCUAAAGUGACCACCUUGAUUUCUUGAGUGAGAGAUUAGACCCUAACCCUAAAAGACCACUCAAUUGUUUCCCCACUAGUAAGCACUACAGUAUAAUGUCCUCUGCAUGAUCUUUUUUUUCCCUAACCCCUCUAGGGACCACUCUUACGUUCUUAAGUAUGCCAAUUUUUUUUUUCAGAAGGGCGAUUUUGAAGCCAAGGAGAUCGAUGAGAAGCUUCUGGCGCAGUUUGAAGAAAUCCCCUUCAAUCAUCUCGAAAAUGUCCAAUACUUGGAUGCAAGGCCAAAAGAACAGUUCACUGGAGAGCAGCCGCUCGGUUUUCCAGAUGCUCGUGAGUUUAUAAAUCUUUUGAUAGUUGAAAUUUUAUUUUUUGUGAAAUUUUCCGGAAGUACCAGCCCACUGUAGUCGCCGAAUAGCCAAAAAACCCCAAAAAAUCAAAAAUUAGAGCUCAAAAAGCAGAGAAAGUUUCAAAGGGCAGAAAUUUUGGAAGAUCUUUGAGCAUAUUUUUUCACUUUUUCAUAGUUUUCAAGUCGAAAUACUUUAAUUGGUAAAGUGAAUUAAUAAAAUUUGAAACUUUUUGUGAAAUUCUGUGCUUUUUUAUUAUCAAUACGCCUCGAAGUUGUAAGAAAAAAACACGGUGUUUCAAUAGUUAUGACGCACCUUCUUUAAAGAGAAUUUUUUUCGUCUUUUUCGAAAUUUUUUUCGAAUAGUUUUUUUCGACUUAAUAACAGGUUUUUUUAUUCAAUUCAUGUCAAUUUUCGUUUUUUUUUUAUACUUUUUAAUUCAAAAAAUAUACUUUGAGUUAUUCAGACGGUCGUGUCUAUAAUUAUGACGCGCUUUUUAGAGCCCAAACCACUUAUUUACCCUUACUUUUUUGGUUUUAGAAGUCUUUCCAAUAAUUUUUUUUUGAACUAUUUUAAUGCAACCUAUGGAUAAAAUUUAUUAAGUUGUUCAGACUUUAUCGGAGGUUAUGAAUACACCUUGAAACGGCAAGGAAAAUCAAAAAAAGUAAACGUGCGUCAAUAGUUAUGACUCAUUAUUCAGAGCAAAUGAAGUUCAAUCUCAAUUUUUCUGAACUCUCUUUUCAAUGAAAUUUAUAUUUUUUUGAAAUUGAAAAAAACGUGAAAAUUUAAAAAGUUUUUUUAUCCGGUUAUCAAAUUUUUUUAAACGUUACCGGAUGUUGAAAUUGCAAGGAACACUUUUUUUAAACUAUAUUUUCAAUGAAAUUUAUACUUUUUGGAACUGUAAAAAAAGCGAAAAACUUGAAACUUGAAUCAAUUAUUCAAAUCAUUCAGAUGUUACCGGAUGUUGAAAUUGUAAAAAUAAACACAAAAACUAAGGGCGUGUCAAUAUUUAUGACGCAUUAUUCAGAGCGAAUAAAAUUUAUUCAAUCUCUUUUUUUGGAAGAUUUUGAAAGAGCUUGCUGAAGUUGUAAAUCUUCGGUUUCUAAGGCACUGAAAAGGCAGUUUCAAUUCAUUUCCAGGCUCUGAAAGAACAAUUUUCGGUAUAUAAUUUUUUUCUUCAGAAAAAAGUGACGUUUGCCAUUUUUUUAGCCAGCCUUUCUUCUGCUUUCAAUUCCUUCUUUUUGCGUUCUUUUUCAAGGAAUUUCAUACUUUUGGACCUGAAAAAAAUGAAAACUUGAAACUUGAAUCAAUUAUUCAAAUAAUUCAGAUUUUACCAAAUGUUGAAACUGUAAGAAAAAUCACAAAACUAAGGGCGUGUCGAUAUUUAUGACGCAUUAUUCAGAGCGAAUUUUUUUAAAAAGUUUAUUUGUUUUCACUUUUUUUGAAAUUAUUUUUUUCAAUAAAUUUUCACAUUUUUUUGGAACUAAAAAGGCGAAAAACUUGAAAGUUGAAUUGAAUAUUUCAGACGUGACGGGGGCCCAUGUCAAGGGAGCCCAAAGUUUUCCGCUGAGCGAAAUUUUGACGUCCAACGGCGUCAAAUCCAAAGAAGACGUUGAUGCUGGUUAUUUUCAAUCUUCUUUCGCAGUUUUUAAAAUUUUUUUCAGUCAUUGAAUCGCAUCAAAUCUCUAAAGGAAAGCCAGUUAUCGUGGUGUGCAACGGCGGAAUUCAAGCCUCGGUUCUGUUUUUGGCCCUGAAAAGGAGUGGAAUCGACGCCAAAGUGUACAAUGUUCGUUGAGUUUUUGAAACUUCGAAAUAACUGAAAAAACUCUAGUGGCCACUUAAGAAGUUUCUCUAGAAGUACUUGGAAAGAACACUGAAGGGGUCACAAAAAUCAUCUCUAAUAGAAGCCCCUGUUUAGCGAUUCAGUGGUCGCUACUUAGGAGCUUUUAAAUUGGUCUCUAUAGGGGUUAGGGGAGAAAACAGCCUCUAUAGGGGCCAAAAAGGGGUUCUUAUAUGGAUAAAAUCGAGGUGGUCCCUAUAGGGGUUUAGGCUCUGACCCCUUAGCCCCUAAAGCUUAAGUGGUCCCUAUAGUGUUCGUUCGAACUCAUUCAAAAAGGUAAAGUGGUCUCUAGAGGGGACCCUCGAAGGGUCCCUAACCUCCCCCUAUAGGGACCACUCUGGAGCUCCUAAGUACAGAAGUUUUCCAGGGACUAGUAGUACCACUUAGACUUCUAAAAUGGCCACUAAAUUGACUACUAUAGUGGCCACUACAAUGUCAAAGCCCUAAAGUGGCCACUGACAACUUUCACAAAAAGUCCUGGAUAUGUUGAAAAAAAUAGCGUUAGGUUUCUAUCCUUCAUUAUUUGAAUUCAAUUUCUUUUUUUGACUGAUUUUUUUAUGAUUACUUCGUUUUUUUAUUGUCUUUCCCAUUCUCGUUGAAAAAAAUAUGAACUUUCUGAAAAAAAGGGGUUUUGAAAAAAAAUUAGAAAACUUAUAGCCUCGAUAAGAAGAAGCUUCAGCCAAAAAAAUAUUCAUUUUGCUCCUUUUUUUAAAUAUUUAAAUUUUCAAGCCUAUAAAUUCAAUUUUUUUCUUCCACUUGUUUCACAAAUUUUUUUCUAAAGAAAAAUAAUAGUUUUUCCAGGGAAGCAUGUACGAAUUGGUGAAACGAGCGCCAGAACUCAUCAAUUCCAAAUAA